GCGGAGCGGAGCGGAGCGGGGCAGCGGCAGCGGCAGCGGUGCCGGGCGGGCGGCGGGCGGCGGGCGGGAGGACAAGUGGACGGAGCGCCCGGGAGCGGGGGGCGGCCGCCGCGUAGUUGUUUUGCCCAGGGUAAGUUGGCCGAUCCCUGCGGAGGCUUCGCUUGGAGAGUGCAGCGCUUGGCUGCCGGCUCCCUGUCGCCCCCAGCCUCCGGGGCAGUGGGGGCGCCUUUUUUAUUUCAUUCCCCCCUCCCCUCCCCCUUUGGCUUGUGUUUUCUUUUUAUUAUUAUUAUUAUUAUGGGGUCUGUGGGGGAGCAGAAUUUCCAGUCCGGCGUUGCUCUUCUUCCUUGUCCAACGCUCGACGGAGAACUAUAAUAUUUCUUCCCCGAGAUGCUGCAGUGAUUUUUAGUUAGAGGAAAUCAGGCGAACAAAAUCAUCUGAAUAACCCGUACCAUUUGUUACCCUGUGAGAGCAAACGCAGCCUAGGCAGAGAUGAUGGCAAAAAAUUCCAUGGAAGGGUCUAAAGAAGACCUGAGCAAAAUUUCGGAAGAGGAGAUGCUCAGAUGGAGCAAGGAAGAGCUGGUGAAAAGACUGAGGAAAGUGGAGAAUGAAAAGAUGAACUUAAUGGUGGAACACGGCAACUUGAUGAAAGACGUGAACCGGCGGCUGCAGCUCCACCUGCACGAGAUCCGCGGGCUGAAGGAGGUGAACCAGAAGUUGCAGGACGACAACCAGGAGCUGCGGGAGCUCUGCUGCUUCUUGGACGACGACCGGCAAAAAGGCAAGAAGCUGUCAAGGGAAUGGCAGCGCUUCGGGAGGCACACGGCCAGCGUGAUGUGGAAGGAGGUAGGCAUGUACCAGCAGAAGCUGAAGGACCUGGAGGCGAGGCAGGAGACCCUCCUGCGGGAGAACGUGGAGCUGAAGGAGAUGGUGCUGAUGCUGGACGAGGAGCGGAGCGGGGCCGGCUCUCGGAGCUCCAUCGACAGUCAGGCCAGCCUGACCAACCUCAACGGCGGCUCGGCCACCAGGGACGUGGGGGACGGGAGCAGCACCUCCAGCACGGGCAGCGCGGGCAGCCCCGACCACCAUCACCACCACCUUCACCACCACAAGGCCGGCGACAGCAAGGCCGGGGCCAUGCGGAGGUCUAUGGAUGACCUGUCCGCGCCCCUUCACCACCGGAGCAUCCCCAACGGCCUCAAUGAUUCAUCUUCCAACUAUAUCAGGCAACUUGAAACAAAAGUGAAGCUGCUGGAGGAUGACAACAAGCUUCUUUCCCAGCAGUCCAGCACGGGGGACCUGAGGACUCUGCGGAAAGGAUUGUCCCCAUACCACUCUGAGUCACAGCUCUCGUCACUGCCACAGUACCAAGACGCCCUGCAAAACGGACCGGCUCGCAUGACAUCUGAUCUUGCAUCUUCUCCUGCAGCGGGGUAUGUCCCUGUGGGUCAGAAGCCAGAGGCUGUGGUGCAUGCUAUGAAGGUCCUUGAGGUCCAUGAAAAUUUGGACAGGCAAAUGCAAGACAACUAUGAAGAAGACCUAAGUGAAAAGGAGAAGGCAAUUGUUCGUGAAAUGUGCAAUGUUGUCUGGCGAAAGCUGGGUGAUGCUGCGAGCUCCAAACCCUCCAUCAGGCAACAUCUGUCAGGAAACCAGUUCAAGGGUCCCUUGUAGGAACACUGUCCUGGCGACUGGAAGUGAUGGAUUCUGUGAAGACUAAAGAGACAGAGCUCAGUGUUUCUGGCUGCCUGUUCUUUGGGAGUUGGGGUUGAGGUUUUUCAGGGUUUCCUUUUUUUUUUUUUUGUAACAAUAGUGUAAAUAUGGCAGCUAAAGGCCUGAUUUCCAGGCUGUGGUGCUCUGGAGCUACUGUUCACCGGGUAACCAUCCAAGAAUGCCAGACUUGCAUCAUUUUUAUUGUAGUUCAAACCUGCUUUGUUGUAAUGGUCUGUUUGUAGAAUUAACUAACUCAAGAGAAUUUCUAAGAGGAACAAGAAGAACCCUUAACCUGCGGAGAAGUCACCAUUUGUAUUGCUCCUGUCCACCUGCUUGUCUGUGAUUCAUAGCCAGGUUAGUGGCUCCAGGCAGCCAAGGAAAAUGAAAUUCAAAUUCAUUGGCUUACUGCCUGCCAAGUUCAUGAGCUGCUAACACUUUUUUUGGAGGUCCUUAUUUUGAAGAAUGACAUGCAACUGUUUUCACAAGGCUCUGUGUAAAAUACUGAGUGGCAAGCUAAAAACACUUGUACUGCCUUACGUUGUAUGGUGGUACUCGUCACACAAGUGUACAUAAAGGCUUAAGACUCCAUAUCAGGUGAUAUUGAACAAUUUUUCAUGAUCAAAUGACACAAGAUUUCUGCAGUUGUAAUGUGAAUGAAAUCACUAGCCACACAACAGUAUUCCCUACAAAAUGGCAACACUUUUCUUGUAAAGCUUUCACUAUGAAAUAAUUCAGAAGAAACUGCUAUCCUGCCAGUGCUUAUGGCUUUCACAGGAUCUUCAAAAGCAGCUCAUCUUUCACAUAAGGAAGAUUUGGGUGGGUUUUUUUAAUGUUCUUGCUGGAUCCCUCACCUAUACUGGUGCCUGUGUAAGGUAACCAGCAACCCUGCAGAGCUGAAUAAAAAAUCCAUAAACACAGGCUGCCAGGUGAAACUACUUCCUGCCAUUCUAGCUUUAUUUUUGUUAAUGAACCAAAACAAGUGGGUUUUUGCUUCUUCAAAUGGUUGUAUAUAAAAUAAUGGGACUUACAUUUUGCUAUUGUGGAGUAGCUGCCUGUGUAGUUGUAAGAAUUUGACUCCCUCCUUUUCCAAGUUGUCACAGCAGCUGUCCCUGUAUUUCAUUAGAUGUUCUUUCCCAAUAGUCCAAGGAAGCAGGGCUUCAUUAUUAGAACUCAUUGGUGUAAAGUAAUUUUAAAGACAGGCAUGUGAGAAGAUCAAAGCCUCCUCUUCAAAAGUUGCAUCAAUUUUAUUGAUUAGUUGUAGGGUAUAAUAACCUCAAACACCAUUACUUUCUUUUUGUUCCCUACAAGAAUCAGUCACAGCUGUAUUAGCUGGACAGGUUCUUCCUCUAAAUUAAUUUGUUCUACCAGUUGAGUUCUUGACUUGUGGUAUUGUAUUACACGGAGCACUGAUACAAUACCAAGGAACCCAUGUGGUUUAUUAUGAAUUAUGAAAGGUAAUUGGUCCUGUGAUGUACAGUAAACUACAGCUGCCUGGCUGAAGAAUUUGCAGUGUCAGAGCUGAAACCUGUAGCCAGUAAAAAAAUAGAGAAGGAAUACGACCAAAAUACAAAAUAACCAGUAAGAGUAAGCACCACUUCAUUAUGCAUUGCAGAAAUAGAAAUGUAACAGUUGAGUAGGUUAUUUAAAAAUAACCAACCAAGAACCACCCCCAAAACACAAGUGCAUACUCUCACUUGCACACCCACCAGUAGAUUAUUUCCUACUACUGCUCAGUGAACACUGAGCUAGAUAGCUCUCAGUCUAACAGUAUUUACAUCCCAUGGAGUCUGGAAAAAUCCAUUCUAGAGUCUGACUGUCUCCUUUAAACAGCUUUAGAGGAUUCUGGAUUUCCUCCUCUUUGCUUUUUAUUUUGACCUCCAGUUUCUAGUCACCAUUGGUGAUUACUUGUCUUCCUCCUGUACCAUUUAUACAUUGAGAUUUCUGUAACAAAAAAGGUGAUGUAAAGCAGAGCAUCAUUAUUCCUUAACAUCAAAGGUCAAACUGAGGGUUACUUUAAUCUAUCUGCUUAGCCCAUGUUAACUUUGGUGGCAUCUGAUUGCUGGAUUAAGCAGAGUUGAAGUAUAUUUGGAACAAGGUUGAUUUAUGUCAGUGAUUUUUAACUAAAGCAACACAAAUGUUGCCAGCACUUGGAGAGAGUUAACUGUGUUCAUGACAUGCUUGCUAUUUAAGAGUAUAUGAGGCUAUUAGCAGGUCCUCUCAACAAGACAAGAGCUAUACUCAUCAGAUUACUAGUCUCACCACUAUGUAAUUCCCACUCAAAUAUUCCCUGCUCUCAAAUCUCUCUUAAAAUAUGUUCAUUGACUUCAAGCAAAGCUUGUUUUGUUCCACCUGCAGAUCUCACCUACAAGGAAAUUGAGGUCAAUUAGCCCUGCAAAUCCUGAAGAGCCACUUUAUAGGGUAGCCAGCAGUUCAGUUGAACAAACUCCAUACUCAUAGGGUACUGCCCUUUUAAAAAUUUUAUUUAUCAUCUUCAGUGUAAGAUGUACAUCACUGAUUUUGCAGAACAUCACAGUGCUGUACCUUGUGGUAUUACUGUUUAGGGGUUUUUAGGCUUGCCAAUCUUCAUACUUAUUCCAUUUCAGCUAUAAAAUGUCUUCCUGGGGAAAAUGAUGCUCAAUGACUUUACAGGAUGACUUGGGUGCUGAAGUUUCAGCUGUCUAAACAGAUCUUUUAUAUGCAUAUUUAAAUUCACUUACCUAUGCGCUCAGUAUUCAGUGAAAACUACCUGAGGAGUUUUGUACAUGAAGUUGGAGGGGAGCAUCCCUUGAAAUAGUGGCCAUUAAAUUCAUAUAUUUGGGGCAAUAGCCCAAGAUAAUUUCCUCAAGAUUGAAGCUCUGGGUUCUGCAAUCCUCUGGCAAAGAAAGCAUCCACUGUUUACAAAUGGACUUUGCUUGUUUAAGGAAAGUAAAAUCACAUCCUUGACUUUUGUUGGAGUGACUGGAGUAAGCAGCAUUUCCCUAACAGUUCCUGAGAUGCUGCAGUGUAACCAGCUUCAGUUGGCUCUUUGCACCUUGAUAAGACUGCUGAGCACAACCUUGUUUGAGAAUGGCACAUUUUUAUCCAAAUAUUAGAUAUUAAAUGAAAUCAGUGUUAAAGUGACCUUUUAUCUUUCUAGAAACUGGGGGGAAGAGUACUACUGAUCUUUUUCAAAGUGCAUGACUGUAAAGUGAUAAAAUUGUAUAUUUUUCAUAAUGUGGGGAAAGUCUAUUUGUGCUGCUUUAGAAAUCAGUUUAAAGUUUGAUUUCUGUUAAACCUGUGAUCUUACAGCCCUGCUAUAUUUUCUGUAUAUGAUUUACAAAGAACUGGAAAAGUUAGCACCUGCUGUUGUAUAUAUAGCAAAAUUCUUUAGACUUUAGCACGCGUUUUUACCUAUUAUUGAACCACUCUGGCUUUUUUGGGGAAGGAAAGUAAUAGUACAGUUUUUUUUGAUAAUGUGUGUAAAACAUUCUUUUGAAAUAUUUUAGUAAAAAUGAAGUAAGAGAUUGAUUGUGAUAGUGUAUACUUCUAGCUGAUAAAAUAAAAUACAUUCUUUUUAAAUAAACUGAUGAGUAAGAUUUGGGAGACCA